AGUGACAUAUUGUUAUUAAUAUAAUUUAAUGAAAUAAAAACACUCUUUAAAUAAUAUAUAUAUACUAAUAGUAUAAAUAGGAGUUCCAUGAAGCCUAGCUAUGAAAUAACAUAGAGCAAUAUAGCACUCUCUCAUUCUGUAAUUAUGAGUUCAUUUAUGCUUCAUUUCGUCCAUCGAGACUUUCAUGGAGUCGUUUCCCGGAUGUCGUUCAUUGAUACUCUUCUUUUCCUUGUGAUGCACAGCAUAGAUAAGUUGGGAAUAUGGCACCGGUUACCAGUCAUUUUAGGGCUAUUCUACUUGGCCAUUCGACGGCACCUUCACCAAGUAUACAACUUGUUCAACGUGGGAGAAACAGGAGUUGGCGCACAAUUUGACCCUGUCGAUUAUCCUUAUAGGACAGCCGAUGGUGAGUAUAACGAUCCCUUCAAUGAAGAUACCGGUAGUCAAGGAAGUAUCUUCGGCAGAAAUAUUCUGCCUGUUCCUCAGAAACAUAAGCUACUGAGGCCAGACCCAAUGAUAGUUGCCACAAAGUUAAUGGCAAGGAGAAAUUAUAAAGACACAGGAAAGCAGUUCAACAUGAUAGCGGCUUCUUGGAUUCAGUUCAUGAUUCAUGAUUGGGUUAAUCAUCUGGAGCACACCGGCCAGGUGGAGCUGUUUGCACCAACAGAAGUGGCAGGGGAAUGCCCGCUCAAAUCUUUCAAGUUCUUCAAGACAAAGGAAAUUUCUAUCAGUAAUGGUUCUAGUGGAAUUAACAGUGGUUCACUGAACACUCGGACACCAUGGUGGGAUGGAAGUGUUAUGUAUGGAAGUAGCAAAGAAAAGUUGCAACAAGUAAGGACUUUCAAAGAUGGGAAACUUAAGAUUUCAGAGGAUGGCCUUCUUCUCCAUGACCAAGAUGGUAUUCCUAUCUCAGGAGAUGUAACAAACAUCUGGUGUGGACUCUCAACUUUGCAGGCUCUCUUUGUUAAAGAGCAUAAUGCAGUAUGUGAUGCUCUCAAGAAGGAAUAUCCACAUUUAAGUGAGGAGGAGUUAUACAGGCACGCAAGGCUGGUUACUUCAGCCGUGAUUGCAAAAAUUCAUACCAUAGAUUGGACAGUGGAGCUCCUCAAAACUCACACAUUACUUGCAGGAAUGCGUAUUAACUGGUAUGGAAUGCUGGGAAAGAAAUUCAAAGACACAUUUGGGCACGUUGGAGGAGCAGUCUUGAGUGGCUUGGUGGGCCUCAAAAUGCCCAAUAAUCAUGAUGUGCCCUAUUCAUUGACCGAAGAGUUUGUCAGUGUUUAUAGGAUGCACGCUCUUCUUCCUGAUCACCUUUACUUAAGAGACAUCAAUGCCAAACCAGGCCCCAAUAAAUCUCCACCAUUGAUUAAAGAGAUUCCAAUGGAAAAAUUAAUUGGUAAAGAAGGAGAACUGGCGUUGACACAAAUAGGGUUCACAAGACAACUUGUUUCAAUGGGACACCAAGCCUGUGGGUCCUUGGAGCUUUGGAACUAUCCCUUGUGGUUCAGAGACAUCAUACCUCAGGAUUUAUAUGGCAGAGAUAGGCCUGAUCACGUGGAUCUACCAAGUCUUGAAAUUUAUAGGGACAGGGAAAGGAGUGUAGCAAGGUACAAUGAGUUUAGGAGAAGGUUGAUGUUGAUACCUAUUUCAAAAUGGAAUGAUCUGACGGAUGAGGAAGAAGCCAUCAAGACGCUUCAAGAAGUGUACGGUGAUGAUGUGGAGGAGCUUGAUCUUCAAGUGGGUCUUCUGGCAGAGAAGAAGAUCAAAGGAUUUGCUAUUAGUGAGACUGCUUUUGUUAUAUUCUUGCUAAUGGCUUCAAGGAGGCUAGAAGCAGAUAGAUUUUUCACAAGUAAUUUCAACAAUGAGACAUACACCAAAAAAGGGCUGGAAUGGGUCAACAAAACUGAGAAUUUGAAAGAUGUGCUUGAUCGUCAUUACCCUGAAAUGGCAGCUAAGUGGAUGAACUCUAGUAGUGCCUUCUCAGUUUGGGAUUCACCUCCUACUGCUCAUAAUCCCAUCCCACUCUAUCUCCGCUUCCCAGCUUGAACCACAAUCAAUCAUACUACCAUUUCUAUGUAAUUUAUUUUUCUGAACCAAUUGAAAUAUUCUUAUGAAAAAUUAUGUGUAAUAUGUCAAAGCUUUCCCGUCUAAAGAAAAAAAAAAUUGUAUCAAACACAUUCAUAUAUAUAUUAUAUUUGUUUUACUAACA